UCCUCACGGAAUGCCUCCCAACGACCGAGAUCAGGGAUCAGAAAAGAUCAGAGACAUUCCUGAGCAUACAAACUAUCAUUCUGAUCUACUGAAUUGCCUCACAUACCUUACCGGUGGUUGGGAUCAAGACGUGGCAGGGGGACAUGCUAGAUCUGUGAUCCUACGAUUCUAUUGGUCCGUCACUCGCUUAACGCACUGACCACCCUUCAUUCCUGCCUUGGGCGCGGAUUCUCUGACCGCCCGCAAGGUAACCCUUUGAUUCUGCAGCCAAAAGUGACCCCCGAAAUCACGGCUUAUGGUGUGCUGCUUUCCGAGCGCUUUUUUGAUCAAAGGGAAAGGACGCUAAGGCCACCCAAAUUGCUGCCAACGCCAUCAGAUCACCACCCGCCCUUCGCUUACUACAAAUACCUCCCCCCACCCGCCUCCUCCAUCCUUCUUUCAUCUCCUCAUCCGCCAACACAUUAUCAUCGACAACCAUCGACUUUUAUCUAUUUUCAUCUCAAAGUCGACUAAAUCCAUCAAACCUUAUCCAUAAAGAUGGCCAGAACUAAGCAGACUGCCCGUAAGUCCACUGGUGGCAAGGCCCCUCGUAAGCAGCUCGCCUCCAAGGCCGCCCGUAAGGCUGCUCCCUCUACCGGAGGUGUCAAGAAGCCUCACCGUUACAAGCCUGGUACCGUCGCUCUCCGUGAAAUCCGUCGCUACCAGAAGUCUACCGAGCUCCUGAUCCGGAAGCUCCCCUUCCAGCGUCUGGUCCGUGAAAUCGCUCAGGAUUUCAAGUCCGACCUUCGCUUCCAGUCCUCCGCCAUCGGUGCUCUUCAGGAGUCCGUUGAGGCCUACCUCGUCUCCCUCUUCGAGGACACCAACCUUUGCGCCAUCCACGCCAAGCGUGUCACCAUCCAGUCCAAGGACAUCCAGCUCGCCCGCCGUCUCCGUGGUGAGCGCUCUUAGAUUUCUCUCUAAUGAGUCCGGUUUUUCUGGUUGUCUCUGGGUAGGCGAUUAGGGGUUUUAUUUCUUUUUCACGACUGGCGAUACAUGAUGGGUUCUGUUUUUUUCAUUUGCGAAUAUCAAUGGGUUUCGGCACUGGGAUUAGUUUUCGUUUUGCUGCGCAAUAAAUAGUAGGCUGCCGACGACGCGGCUGAGUGGAUUGGAUCUCAUGGGAUGCAUCCGAGCAUGUACAUUAAGAAAUUUUACUUGACCAAGUGGUAUUCUCCAUGAAUCGCCACCGGAUGGCAUAGAUUCGAAAUGCAGAUUCUAUGACGAAUAAUCCAAUUCAUUACCGUCGUGACUUUGCGCUGUUCCUUUAGUAGGAAGUAUGGUUAUUGUCGCGGGGGCGCGCCUUCAGCAACGCGCUCGCAGUCGCGAUCUGUUGAGCGUGUACUGUUCACAGACCGUUCGGUAUACCGCCAAGAAAAGUUCUACUUCUACUAAGUCUACCAGAUAUUUGAAAUAUCUGUGCAGUUUUUUUCACUUCUUAGCCCUGGGCUAGCCUUGUCUUUGAGAGAAUUAUUUGCAAUUAUAUAUUCUUUGAAGAGUUAAGUAAUCGCUGGAAAUAGGUUUAUAAUUUAGAUUUUUUCAGAAUACCGCGAUCUUAGAGUAGAAUAAGAAGAGUUUAUAGAUAGCUGUUAGCUUUCUAGAAUAUCUCUUAAGAAUAUAU